AUGGCCCAAGAAACCUAUGAUAUCGUCAUAGUCGGCGCUGGGCCGGUUGGUCUUUUGCUGUCCUUGCUCAUGUCCCGCUGGGGCUACAGGGUGAGGCACAUCGACAAUCGUCCGGUGCCGACCGCCACUGGCCGCGCCGACGGAAUCCAGCCGCGCUCAACGGAAAUCCUUCGCAACCUGGGUCUGAAACGUGCCAUCAUGGCCUAUGGACCCGCCAAAGUGUACGAUGUUGCGUUCUGGGAUCCUCGGGGCGAUGGGUCCGGUAUUCAUCGGACGGGCAGCUGGCCGAGCUGCCCACGCUUCAUCGACACCCGCUACCCAUUUACGACUUUGGUGCACCAAGGCAAGAUCGAGCGCGUCUUUCUGGAUGAGAUCCAGAAGGCGGGUGUCCGAGUGGAGCGACCUUGGACUAUUGUGGGCUUCAACAAUGACGGCGCCAACGCCGACUACCCGGUCGAGGUAAACCUCAAGUCCUUGGAUACCAAUGUGAUUGAGACGGUGCGGACCAAGUACCUUUUCAGCGGAGAGGGUGCACGCAGCUUCGUCCGUGAGCAACUGGGAAUUCAAAUCCACCACAAGGACCCUAUUGCCCACGUUUGGGGUGUGAUGGAUGGUGUCGUCCGAACCAACUUCCCCGAUAUCGAGACUAAAUGUACCAUUCACUCGGAUGCUGGCUCAAUCAUGGUCAUUCCUCGCGAGGACAACAUGGUUCGUUUGUAUGUCCAGAUUGCCUCCUCCACCGACCCCGACUGGAACCCCCGCAAGACAGCCACCGUUGAGCAGGUCCAGCAAUCUGCCAAGAAGAUUCUCAAGCCCUACUGGAUUGAAUGGGACCGAGUCGAGUGGUACUCGGUUUACCCUAUUGGCCAAGGUAUUGCUGAGAAGUAUACCUUGGACGAGCGUGUGUUCAUGGGCGGCGAUGCUUGUCACACUCACAGCCCCAAGGCUGGUCAGGGUAUGAACACUGCUUUCCACGAUGCCUUGAACAUGGCCUGGAAGCUCCAUGCCGUCGAGACUGGAUUUGCCGACCGUUCGAUCCUGAGCACAUACGAGAGCGAGCGCAAAGACAUUGCCGAAACUUUGCUGAAUUUCGAUGCGAAGUAUGCGGCGCUCUUCUCCAAGCGUCGUCCGAACGCCGGAGAGGUCUCUGCCAGUAAGGCCGUGGCCAAGGAUGAUGGAGAGGAAGAGGACGAGUUUGUCAAGACGUUCAAGUCGUCUUGCGAGUUCACCAGUGGAUACGGAGUAGCUUACAAGCCCAAUGUCUUCAACUGGGACUCGAGCCAUCCGGCCAAGUCCUCUUUGUUCAAUAUCCCCGGCGUUCGUCUAGUUUCUGGUCGCGCUCUCACUCCCUCCACAGUGACCCGUCUUGCGGACUCCAACUUUGUCCACUUGGAGCAGGAGGUGCCUGCCAACGGCUCGUUCCGCAUAUUCAUUUUCGCUGGAAAGCAAAAGAAGACCAAGAAGGCUAUCGCCGACCUGGCUGCCAAUCUGGAGAAGGAGCGCUCAUUCCUGUCCACAUAUCGCCGAUCUGAUAUUGCAGAGACCGAGGUCGACAUGGAUUCCAUCCCUCAGGUUCUCCGCGAUUACCAUCACCACCUCUAUGCGGAUGACAUUCCCGAUAUCCGGGUGCCAACCGCGAAGUUCUCUGCCCAUGAGAAACUCGGUAUCGACGCGGAGAAGGGAGGCGUCGUUGUCACCCGCCCCGACAGCCAUAUUGCAUGCACUGUCCAGCUGGUGGAAGGAAGUGGCACCGUCGAUGCUCUCAAUGAGUAUUUCAACUCAUUCUCAACAAAACCCUUGGGGCAAGAGUCACAGCAGAGCCGGCUCCGCAUCUCGCUCCAAUAUUUGAAAAUGCUAUCUCUGAUUCUGAACGCAGAGCUGGAGGGAGUCUCCAGUCUCCAGCCGACUGAUACUGAAGAGAACCCCUACUACUAUACGUUCCGCGUGCAAUGCAAUUCCUGCCACGAGGUGCACCCAAACUGGGUCAGCUUCAACCGCUUUGAGCAGCACGAGAUCCCCGGUAGCCGGGGUGAAGCGAACUUCGUCUGGAAGUGCCGUUUGUGCACGAAAACCCACUCUGCAUCGGUCGUUGCAGGGCCGCACACCUUCGAGGUCGAUGAGAAGAAGAAAGGGCAAAAGAUCCUGGAGUUGGACUGCCGUGGUCUGGAGUUCACCGAAUUCAAACCUGAUGGCGAAUGGGAGGCAAAGGGUACCGACUCCUCCACCCCAUUUACUGGCAUUGACCUUUCUGAGGGCGAAUGGUAUGACUAUGAUGAGAAGGCUGGGGAGGAAGUUAGCAUCAAAGAAAUCACUUGGUCAAUUGGCCGCUGA